AUGGCCCCGAAGCUGCCUGAGUCAGAGUUGCGCAAAGACUCAAAUCCUUUGGUCGAGGCGCUCUUCAACUUCCAACUGGUUCACAUCGAGGCCUACGUCGUCCAUGUCGACAUGGUCUCGCAGAACGAGGUCGCCUUCAAGUUGACUCAGGACACCAUCGACUCGUUAGUCGAGCACCACAAGGAGGUCUUCUCAAUCGACACUGCCGCCAAGACAUGGGCAUGGCCCGAUAAGGAUCAGCAAUUGAAGAAGUUGCAGGAAGAGUUUGUGUCGGCCGCGAACAAGUUCGUGUAUCGCACAAGCGUGCAAGCGCUCGAGGGUAUGGAAGAGGAAGGUGCUGGAGAGUUGCUGUGUGGCAGGAGUGAGGAUGUCAGAUCUGCCAUCACAAAUCUCUUCGUGCCUCUCCUCCCACCGCCUCCACGAGUGGUUGACAUUGUCCGGCCAACGCCGCUGCUACCUAGCUCCACAACUACAGAGCAAUGGUGGCCUUCGCAGCACGUUCAGGCAAUUCAACCCGCACCGGUCGAGGCAUGGAAGAUUGUACCAUCAAGUCCAAGCCCAGUGUCAUCUUGUGACUCACAUCACAAUAUGUGGCCUGUGGUCAGUGCACAAGAUGUGUCACUUCCAUCGCCGACACCCUCAUACAGCAACGCAUUCAGCUCGCCUGCCUACACAACGACGACGUACUACAGCACACCGGCUUACACAGUGCCAGUCUCGGCCGCUUUCAGUGCGCUUCCUUUACCAAGCACAUUGACUCAGCAGCCAUGUAGUACUUCGGCGGCUAUCAGCACCUUCGGAUGGGAUCGUUACAAUGAGUAUACGAUGCCAUACGCGACUGCUAUGUGA